AUGUCAGACGCUGACUUUGACGCCGUUAGAAAGCUCCAGGCUGAGCGGAACGCUGCUGCAGCUGCUAAGAAUGGGUCGCGCGGCCGAGACCCCAAGAACCAGCGAUCUGAGAGCUCAACCAAGGCAAAGCUUACCGAAUCUUUCGACACAGAGCUCUACGACCGUGAUGGAGAUGAUAAAUAUGCAGGAUAUCUCACAUCUAUCCCUGUCGCCGAUGGCGAGGAUGAAGAAAUGGAAGAUGCCGAUAACUCGCGUCGUUUAGUUGGCCAGUAUACCGCGACGCGUGCCCAGAUUGACGAAUUCGCCCACGGCAAUGGAGUCGAAGAGGAUGAUCCAUUUGCAGGAAGAGGCGAAAACAGCACGAGGAUCGUUGACCGCGAAACUGACUACCAGAAACGUCGCUUCGAUCGCGUUCUCACCCCGACAAGAGCCGACGCCUUCAACCGCCAAGGGGACACCGCCGAAGGAGAUACAUAUCGAGAUAUUAUGGAACGGAGAGAAAUAGAAAGGGAAGAAGAAAGGGUUAAGCGUGCUAUUCAGGCGAAGCGGGAAGGGAAAGAUGUUGAUGACGAUCACGAAGCAACACUCAAAAAUGGAGAUAAAGAGAACACAGAUGCCGGAUCUACUGAGGCAGUGACGGCUGGGCGAAAGCGCAAGAAGAGAUGGGAUGUUGCUUCUUCUGCUGUGGAUGAACCCUCAUCAGACUCUGCCGAAGGGAAGACCAAGAGAUCCAGAUGGGACCAGGCGCCGUCGCUCCCUACCCCCGGCGCAUCUGAUGGCGGCAAGAAGAGAUCGAGAUGGGAUCAAGCACCCUCUGCGACUCCUGUCGGUAACAGUGGCUUAGCUACACCGAUGCAUACAUCCUCGCUUGGAGUUGGCGCAGCGAAAGCAGAUAUGUCUGGCCCUGGUGGCAUCCUUGGUGAUGAAGAGUUGAACACGUUACUUCCUGGAGAAGAGCAGGGCUUCAAGAUUCUCGACCCGCCAUCAGGAUAUCCUACCGGCCAUGCCCCUCUCCAUAGGAUCGCAGCGACGCCGCUACCGCCAAAUUAUGGCGGUUUCAUGAUGCAGGACCCGGAGAGUACGAGAUUAGGAGGAAGCCAGAUGCCCAAAGAAAUCCCUGGCGUUGGAGAACUACAAUUUUUCAAGCAGGAAGACAUGGCUUACUUCGGCAAACUAGCAGAUGGCUCUGAUGAAAAUAGCCUAAGCGUUGAAGAGCUGAAGGAGAGGAAGAUUAUGAGGCUUCUCCUGAAGAUCAAGAAUGGUACUCCUCCUAUGCGAAAGACUGCUCUCAGACAACUCACAGAUAAUGCAAGGCAGUUCGGUGCUGGGGCUCUGUUCAACCAGAUUCUCCCUCUUCUAAUGGAGAAGACCCUGGAAGAUCAAGAACGUCAUUUGCUCGUCAAAGUAAUCGACCGUAUCCUAUGGAAGCUUGACGACCUUGUCCGUCCUUACGUUCACAAAAUCCUAGUCGUCAUUGAACCGCUCCUCAUCGAUCAAGAUUAUUAUGCAAGGGUCGAGGGUCGAGAGAUUAUCUCUAAUCUCAGUAAAGCCGCCGGUCUCGCCACUAUGAUCAGCACGAUGAGGCCGGAUAUCGACCAUGUCGACGAGUACGUACGUAAUACAACAGCAAGAGCCUUCGCGGUUGUGGCCUCAGCGCUAGGGAUUCCCGCUCUUUUACCUUUCUUACGAGCAGUAUGUCGAAGCAAGAAGUCAUGGCAAGCCCGACAUACUGGAGUCAAGAUCGUGCAACAGAUUCCUAUCCUAAUGGGAUGUGCCGUUCUACCCCAUCUUAAAGGUCUUGUGGACUGCAUAGGCCCAAACCUGAAUGAUGAGCAAACAAAGGUACGGACGGUCACUAGUUUGGCUAUUGCUGCUCUUGCUGAAGCCUCUAACCCUUAUGGUAUUGAAAGCUUCGAUGAUAUUUUAAACCCUCUAUGGACUGGUGCACGCAAGCAACGCGGCAAAGGUCUCGCUGGCUUUCUCAAGGCUGUUGGUUAUAUCAUCCCCCUUAUGGAUGAAGAAUAUGCCAAUUAUUAUACCUCACAAGUAAUGGAUAUCCUUCUCCGAGAAUUCUCGUCUCCGGACGAAGAGAUGAAGAAGGUCGUGUUGAAGGUUGUAUCUCAGUGUGCGGGCACUGAAGGUGUGACAGCUGGUUACCUCAAAGAACACGUUCUAGAUGAGUUCUUCAAGAGUUUCUGGGUCAGGCGGAUGGCCCUAGAUAAGCGAAACUAUCGACAAGUGGUCGAAACAACCGUUGAUAUCGGCCAGAAGGUUGGCGUCAGCGAGAUUCUCGAGCGAAUUGUUGGCAAUCUCAAAGAUGAGAGCGAGGCCUACCGUAAAAUGACUGUCGAGACCGUUGAGAAGGUAGUUGCUAGCUUAGGGGCGGCGGAUAUUGGUGAGAGGUUGGAGGAGCGACUUAUCGACGGCAUUCUCCAUUCCUUCCAGGAGCAAAGUGUCGAAGAUAUCAUUAUGCUAAACGGCUUCGGCACGGUGGUCAACGCCCUAGGCACGCGCUGUAAGCCGUAUUUGCCCCAAAUAGUGUCAACAAUCUUGUGGCGUCUCAACAACAAAUCCGCAACGAUCCGGCAGCAAGCCGCGGAUCUUAUCAGCAGGAUUGCAAUAGUCAUGAAGCAGUGCGGCGAGGAUGCCCUUAUGGGUAAGCUAGGCGUUGUCUUGUACGAAUACCUCGGAGAGGAGUACCCUGAAGUUCUUGGCUCAAUCCUCGCGGCUCUCCGAAGCAUUGUUACCGUUGUUGGUAUCAGCCAAAUGCAGCCUCCAAUCAAGGAUCUACUACCGCGUCUUACUCCUAUCUUACGAAAUCGUCACGAAAAGGUACAGGAGAAUACAAUCGAUCUCGUCGGCCGUAUUGCCGAUCGGGGACCAGAGAGUGUAAACGCGAGAGAAUGGAUGAGGAUUUGCUUCGAACUGUUGGAUAUGCUAAAGGCACACAAAAAGGGCAUCAGAAGAGCAGCCAAUAACACGUUUGGUUUCAUCGCGAAAGCUAUCGGACCACAAGAUGUGCUGGCUACCUUACUGAACAACCUGCGCGUCCAGGAGCGUCAAUCCCGAGUUUGCACGGCUGUCGCAAUCGGUAUUGUUGCUGAGACUUGUGCUCCUUUCACAGUGCUCCCUGCUCUGAUGAACGAGUAUCGGGUCCCUGAACUCAACGUACAAAAUGGUGUGCUCAAGUCUUUAUCAUUCCUCUUCGAGUACAUUGGAGAAAUGGCCAAAGAUUACGUCUACGCUGUGACGCCGCUCCUGGAAGAUGCCCUCAUCGACCGUGACCAGGUACAUCGGCAGACGGCCGCGUCCGUGGUCAAGCAUAUUGCACUAGGUGUAGUUGGUCUAGGCUGCGAAGACGCUAUGGUGCAUCUACUGAACCUUCUCUGGCCUAACCUCUUCGAAACCAGCCCACAUGUUAUAGACCGUAUUGUAGAAGCUAUCGAAGCCAUUCGAAUGGCCGUCGGACCCGGUCUCGUACUGAACUACGUAUGGGCGGGUCUAUUCCACCCCGCCCGCAAGGUACGACAGCCUUACUGGCGGCUCUACAACGACGCGUACGUGCAAGCCGCCGACGCCAUGGUGCCUUAUUACCCGAACCUGAGCGAAGAGGGCAUCGACAGGCCCGAAUUGGCAAUUGUGCUAUAG